AUUUUGACAAGUCUAGGGAACCUUCAUUCUUUCACAAACGACUGCCUCUGAACGAUGCAUGUUACCACCGCACUUGUCCUCGCGCUCGCGACCUUUAGCCACACUGUGACCUGUACUGAACGCGGAAAUCCCAAACUGUCGCCCGAGCUUCAACUCGCGUUCGAAACCAUUUCAUACGUGGACAUCGUUGUCGACAUGGAAGCUCCGACUGAGCAGGUCGAGGCCAUUCCUGGGGAAGCAACGCAAUCGUUUGUGCACAAGUUGCAAGCAUUCACCGAAGCUCAACAAAAGCCAGUGAAAGACCUCCUCGCGUUGCAUCGGACCCUGUUCCGCGGAACACCCACGUUUUUCUGGAUCACAAAUUCCAUCGCCAUCCCCCAAGCGUCGCCAGACUUGGUGUCGGAACUCGCAGUCGUCGACGGCGUAAAGACCAUCCGCGUCCCAGACACCGCGCACAUCGAAGGGGGUGGCAUUGAUUAAAAAGGUCGUCUCAUGUUGUACUGUACUGUGACGAUCUGUAUCAAUAUAUAUGGCAUGCAUAUUGCCAUGGUAACGUUAUAUGCGGUAGUUCGACGACUUCCCCAUACUAGUGACGUUUGGC